AUGAAUAAUUCGUGUGAAGGAGCCGAACCAUAUGCAAGGAAAUUUAAUGGAAAAGAUAUAGUUUUGAGAAAAGACUUGCCAACUAGUACGAGAAAAGAAAGCAACAAAGAAAUAAUAAUGUGGAAAAAAGGAAAAGACUACAUAUAUAGCGUUAAGAGUAAAAAAUCAAGAAGUAAGAAUUACGAUGAAGUUGGUAAGCAUUUGAUAUUACAUGAAGAUUUAGAAACAGAAAAUACGAAAUACAAUUCACCGUUCUUAAUGGAUUGUAAGGGUGAAGAAAAAUUAAAAAAUAAUGAAAUCGAGAACGUCAUGAAACCGUAUAUGACGACAGAAAAUAUAGAAAUACAAAAUGAAACAGCUAUUGAAGCUAAUAUAGGAGAGGAUAACGAAUUAAAGGAAACGUUAAGAAAUUUUGUUGAUGAAUGGCUUUAUACAGUAGAUAAAGAAAUAAUAGUUAAUAUAGGAGCAGUGAUACAAAAGGGAGAUGAGCUAUGCUUAGAUGGUUUUUUGGGGAUGGAAUUAAUACCGAAAAGUAGCGAUAUUUAUAAAUUUAAUUUCGAUGGAAUAUUGAGUGUUAAAAAACAUACAUAUGUUAGUAAAGACGAUAAGAUGGUAACGCAAAAAGCAAUACAAGAUGUCAAGGUGCCAGCAAUAAAAAAAGAAUUAAUUAGUUGUGAACAAACGAUUAAGGAAAUAGAAUUCAAGAUGAAUAAUUUGUUGGUAGACGAAUAUAGUUUGAGAUUCUGUCAUUCAAAUGGAGGUAAUAUUACGAUAGACUGGAGCGCUUCUUUUAGAUUAAUCAAUAAUGAAAAUAACAACAUCGAAGAAGUUACAAAUAAAGAAGAUGCUAUUACAAGGUGUUUUUAG